GUUCCACUACACCGGAAGUGCCUCAACGAGCUACCGCUGCCACUACUUGAGCUUGCCCUCACUGCGUAAACAAGGGGGGAGCUUUUGUUGUACUUUGUACAAAACACGACGAGAUGCCCAAAGUGAAGAGAAGCAGGAAGCCGCCGCCGGACGGCUGGGAGCUCAUCGAGCCCACUCUGGACGAGCUGGAUCAGAAAAUGAGAGAAGCUGAAACAGAGCCUCACGAAGGAAAACGAAAGGUCGAGUCCCUGUGGCCAAUUUUCAGGCUUCACCAUCAGCGGAGUCGAUACAUCUUCGACCUCUUCUACAAACGCAAAGCCAUCAGCAGAGAGCUGUAUGAUUACUGUAUAAAGGAAGGCUACGCAGACAAGAACCUGAUUGCCAAGUGGAAGAAGCAGGGCUACGAGAACCUGUGCUGUCUGCGUUGCAUCCAAACGAGAGACACCAACUUUGGAACCAACUGCAUCUGCAGAGUCCCCAAGGGAAAGCUGGAAGUCGGAAGGAUCAUUGAAUGCACCCACUGUGGAUGCAGAGGUUGCUCUGGCUAAGUGUAGAUUUUGGACAUCUAUUUUCUGUUGGACAUCAGGGCUCAUCCAUCCUCCAUCCGUGCUCCCUCACAACCCUGACGUCCCAGUUUCUUUAAUUCAGUCGCCUGCUUUAGAAACAGUUCGCUAACAUCUUCACCACCAACUCCAGCAGACCUGAUUUGGGAUCAGUAUUGAAUAUUCUGCUUUUAAACAUGUGUGGGCAAUGGAGAAAGCAUGGAGAGGGGCCAUCUUAUCUUAAAUACAUUUGUUUUUCUCUGUGCUGUUGUUUUUUUUUAAUAUACACUAAACUGAAGCCCUGGCCUCACCGCUGUUUCUGGAUCAGGCCUGUUAUUCCACUGUGAAGGUCAAUUUCAAUACUUCUGUGUUUCAUUUCAUUGAAGGGGCUGGG